CAUUUGUGAGUGUUAAAAAACAAUAGACCAUUGGACUCUCUUUAAAUUUCUGGAAUCUCUAUAAAGAGAGAUCCCAACCCGACAACACCAAUACAACAACACCAAUAAGACUAGCCAAAGAAAACAAUAAGAACAAAAAAGAAGAUGAAGUGUUUGAUCUGUCUCUCUCUUAUCCUCCUCCCUCUCAUCUCCGUCGUGGAAGGUAAUCUUGGUGGCUGGACGCCGAUCAAGGAUUUAUCUGAUCCCAACAUCCAAGCGGUAGCCAAGUACGCGGUCGAAGAGCAUAACAAGCAAAUUACGGGGAAUCUUGUGUUCGUGAAGAUCCUCAAGGGAAAGGAGCAAGUGGUUGCCGGGAAGACGUACAGUCUGACCAUCGCGGCAAAGAAUGGCGGUGCUGGGACAAAGAACUACGAGGCUGUCGUGGUUGAAACGAUGAGGAGUCAUCACUUCGGCCUGCAGUCAUUCAAGGCCUUAUAGAUCUAAGUUCAAUUUUUGUAAAAAAAUCGAUAUGGAUCAGAUAUAUUAUAAUAUUAAUAUUUAUAGGUUUCGAUGAUUUGAGAUUUUGAAAUUGUGUGUCCUUGUUUGUUUUCUUUUGAAUAAAAACUAAAUUAUAGAUA